AUGACGGGGGAGAUGCCUAUCCCGGUUGCCUUGUGUGAGGCUGGCUUUGCGGAGGCGCUGCUGGUGCGGGAGGGUGGUAUUGUGGCGGUGGGCUCCCUGGAGCACGCCAGACAAGCUCUCCGGACAACAACCGCAACCGCCACCCGUACAAUCAGCCUUACACUUGCACGAGAUCAGGGGCAACAGGUGCACCAAGCGGGGGAGCGAGGGGGCUCCGAUUGGUACGGAGGAGCUGACGUGGAGGUGGAGGUCGUGGAGUACGACAUGGGUGGCAGCUUUCUGAUGCCGUCAUCGUGGCCAUCCCCUCAUGCAAGUAUUAUGUUCGUCCUCAUGAUCAUCCGUUAUCGGUGUACGGUGCCGUACCGGAAUGUCGUACCGGGUUUCGUGGACGCGCACGUGCACCUGCUCCCGGCGGGUCUGUCCCUGUCCCGCGUGGACCUCCGCGGGACCCCCUCCCCGGCCGCCCUCCAGCGGCGGCUGGGUGAGGUGGCGGGGCGGCUGGGGCGGGGGGAGUGGCUGCUGGGGGGCCAGUGGGACGAGGGGGAGUGGGGGGGAGAGAUGCCCCGAACCGAGUGGCUGGACCAUGUAUGCGGUGAUCACCCCGCCUACCUGACGCGUCACGACCUCCACAUGGCGCUGGUGAACACGGCCGCGCUGCAGCUGGCGGGCAUAGGGCCCCACACACCCGACCCUGAAGGGGGCCUUAUUGACCGGGACCCCGCCACGGGACGACCCACCGGGCUGCUCAGGGAGAGGGCCAUGGCUCUGGUGGAGUCCCUGCUGCCCGCCCCCUCGCCCGCUGAGCGGCGUACGGCACUGGCGGCCGCCUCGCGUCUGGCCCUGUCCCGGGGGGUGACGUGUGUGGGGGACAUGGGCAGGUACCUGGUGGGGGAGGAGGGCGCACCGUGGAGGGAUUUGGAGGAGGUGUACCUGCCGGCAGCUGACGCGGGCAAUCUGCCAGUGCGGGUCAGUGCCUUCAUGCCCCUGAGGUCCUGGCGCCGGCUGUCCUCCUGGGUGGCAGUUCACGGCCGAGCUCAUCCGGGGGGAAGGCUGUUCUGGGGGGGCCUCAAAGAGUUUGCGGACGGCAGUCUGGGCUCCCGUACAGCGCUGAUGUGGAAGCCGUACAGUGAUGUGGGGAGAGGCGGUUCACCAGGCAAGCAGAGCUUUAACGGUGAACAGGCAGAGGAGGAGGCGGCAGCUGACGGAGGCCUUCAGACGGGUCCCUCCCCCCCCGCCGCCCCUGUGUAUGGUCAGCGGGUAGUGGGGCUGGGGGAGUUGGGGGAGCUGACGACAGCGGCGGUGCGGGCUGGGCUGCAGGUUGCCGUACAUGCCAUAGGUGACCGGGCGGUGGAUGAAGUAGCUCUCACGUACCAGGAGGCCCUCGAAGGGGAGUUAGCGCGGGGGAGGGGGGGGCCAGGGGAAGGGGGGAAGGGGGGGGGAGGCCUGAGUACCAGCAGCGACAGCAGUCGCGGUGCAGCGUCGGAUGCAGACGGCCAGAGUGGGAGUGUGGGGGAGGGUGAGCGCCUAGCACUGGAAGACACGGCGGCGGCGGCGGCGGCGGCGGGAGAUCCCCCCGAUGUGGAGUCGCGGAGGCGGUUGGGACAACGGCUCAGACUGCGAAUAGAGCACGUGCAGCACCUCUCCGGUACCUCCAACACCUCGUCUACGCUGGCCCUCAGCGGCCUCACCGCCGUACCCAACCCCCUCCACCUCCUCACAGACGCCCCCAUGCUGUUCCCCCGUCUGGGCCGCCAAAGAGCCGCCCAGGCUUUCGCCCUCGCCUCCCUGCGCCGAGCAGGACUGCGACCCGCGCUGGCCUCAGACUGGCCGGUGGUGGACCUGCAGCCCCUGACAGCUGUGUAUGCUGCCGUACACCGCCAAGGACCCCCCGCGGAGGUCGCCAGGGCCAUGAGACGGAAGCUGCCGUACGGCAGUCGAUUCCGUCUAGUGGGGGAGGGUCACACCUAUGACGAUGAAGAGGAUGAUGAUCACGAUCAUCAAAACCACCGCCGCGAGGAGGAGGAGGUGGAGGAGGGUGCGGACCUUAGGGCAACAUCGGUGGUUGGUGAUUCGGUUGGUAGCGACGAGCGGUUAACGUUGGAGGAGGCCCUUUUGGGUCACACUGCCUGGGGGGCUGCGGCUCUGGGAUUGGAAGAUUACGUGGGGAGGUUGGCCCCGGGGUUGAGAGCUGACUUGGUGGAGCUGAGCGACUCUCUAGCGGAGAGGGUGGAGGAUGGGGGGCAGGGGGGAAAGGGGCGGUGGCAGCUGUCGGAGGAGCGGCUGCGGCGGUGUAUGCCGGUGGUGACCCGGACGUGGGUUGAUGGACAGUUGGUGUACGACAGGGGGACUAUUGGACAGAGCAGCCAGCUGGAAAGAGAAUGA